UAUUUUAUACCCACACUGAGAACAUAAAAAUGAACAUCUCAAACUCUCUUGGUCAAAUGGAGGAAAUACUCCUUGAAAUAAGAAUGUGAUCGAACCUGCUCAUUCAGCAACCCCAAGUGAGGACGAGGACACCGACACCCCUCAAGUUCAUAGCUAUUUCAAUUUCCAACUUCCUCACCUCCUCACAUCGGCGCAUUUCACGGAAUUAUCAUCAAAACACCCUUCACUUUCUCUCUCCGUUGACGGAACUUCAGAUCUUUUGUUGACCCUUCAAUCAUUUUUCUGCAACCAGGUAGGACUUAUUCUAGCAUUGGGUCAAUGAGAAACUUGAAUGAGUUUCAAGGCUUCUGGGGCUCUGUGGCUCGGAAGGCUAAAGCUGUCCUUGAUGAUGAUGUUUCACCCGAACAAGUUGAAGCUCCUAGAAGAUCUUAUCAGCAUAAAGUUGAUAUUGGACAGCAAGAUGAUCGUCAAUUUGAACCAUCUCAGAGCCGUAAGAAGCAAGACAAAGCUGUUUUGAAAAAAGGAUUUGGUGCUAUUGCUUCUUCACUUAAUUAUCUUGGCAAUGCCUUAGAGGAAGGACUAAAUAUUGUGGAGAACCGCACUGCAGACAUAAUCCAAGACACUCGGAAUCGGAGAUUGAACGUCAGAAAGAAAGAUGCUCCAGACUUAAAACAACAGCCGAUAGAUGUGAAGUAUGCAAAGGAGCCAUAUAAAUCGCAGAACCAAACAUCUCCAGGGGCGCAUACUGAUAUGGAAAUCCAACUGCAGGCAUCUCGCGAUGUUGCGUCUGCUAUGGCUGCCAAAACAAAGCUGCUAUUGAGAGAGCUAAAGACUAUGAAAGCUGACCUUGCGUUUGCCAAGGAACGGUGUGCUCAGCUCGAGGAAGAAAACAGGAUUCUUCAAGAGAGUAUAAAUAACGGAGAUAACCCUGAAGAUGAUGAAUUGAUACGGCUUCAACUGGAAACCCUUUUAGCCGAGAAGGCUCGGUUGGCUCAAGAGAAUGCUUUCUACAGUCGUGAGAAUCGGUUUUUACGUGAGGUAGUUGAAUAUCAUCAGCUUACCAUGCAAGAUGUCAUUUACCUAAAUGAGAGGAGCGAGGAAAUAACAGAAGUUUACCCUUCCAAGGUACCGGGAGGAACUAAUUUGAAUGAAAUGAUGACAAUACCAUUGUUAUCGCCUUCUUUACAUGCUUCUGAGCUUUUGUUUAAAGAGAACACAACUUCAACAAAAUGAAUUAGGCAUUAAAAUUGAGCCUCAUGUAUUCCUGGUUAUCCUAGUUUACAUUUAUGAAGGAGAAUCUUUUUUUUUUUGAGCUAUUGCUCUCUUAUUGUAUAUAUUUGAUUUUUGCUAUAUUCACAUGUUCAAAGAGGAUUGAUUUUAGCACCCCAAAUAUUUAUAAUGGCACUCCCAUCUUGAGAGGAAAUGGGAUUGCCAUUAUAACAAUUGGAGUGCCACAAUCAUUUUCUUUUCUUUUUUUGACAUGAUAACAAUGUAAAAUGCAGAGUAUCAGGUCUUGUUCUAGUUGGAGAAAGUACCGUCUUCUUAGCAAGGUCUUGAGAUCGAUUUUCAUCUCUCUCCCUUAAAGUGUGAUGGAUAAGGGCUCAUAGUAAAAAGAGCUUAUAGGAUAUAGGGUCUUAAAACAAGGAAAAUCUUUAUCUAUAAGAAACUCAUAACUUAGUGUCGUUCUUAUAAUAUGAAUUUACAUACUUUCCUUCAUUUCUAUUUAUUAGCUAUAUUUCUCCAUUUAUGAGGUUUGAAUAAGUUAUAAAUGAAAAUUUGAAUAAAUUCUAAUUAGAGAGAACAAUAAAAGUAACAAUAUCAAAAGCCAAGAUUAAACACAACUCACAUUAUAUCAUAUUUCUGUAAUUUCUUAAGCAUUUAAUAUUGAGAAUUUGUGAUAUAAAACAAUCAU